GAGGAGGGGGAGGAGGACGCGAUGAAGACCUGCAGCUGAUCUGAGGUCAGUCCGAGACCACACCGGAAACUUUAGGAGGAUUUCCAGAGUGUGGAUGUUGUUCAUGAGCCUCUGAGAAGACCCCCAACCCCGCCUCCAUCAUGAGUGACAUCUAUGAGUCCGCGGCCAACUCCCUGGGUUUGUUCAACAGUCCCUGUCUCACCAAAGUGGAGCUGCGACUCACCUGUAAAGGAAUUUCAGACCGAGAUGCUCUGUCCAAACCCGACCCCUGCAUUGUUCUCAAGAUGCAGUCCCAUGGACAAUGGAUGGAGGUGGACCGGACGGAGGUGAUCCGCAGCUGCGUAAACCCCUCCUACUCCAAGGUUUUCACACUGGACUUUUAUUUUGAAGAGGUGCAGCGUCUGCGCUUUGAACUCUACGACAUCAACAACAGCCACAACGGGCUGAAGGAGGCUGACUUCCUGGGGUCGGUGGAGUGCACGCUAGGACAGAUCAUCUCCCAGAGGAAACUGUCCAAAGCUCUGCACAGACCAGGAGGCACCGUGGGAAAAGCCAUCAUCACGAUCACAGCAGAGGAACUGACGGGCAACGACGACUACAUCGAGCUCUCCUUCAGCGCCAGGAAACUGGACGAUAAGGACUUCUUCAGUAAAUCAGAUCCUUUCCUGGAGAUCUACAGGCUGAACGAUGACGCCACGCUGCAGCUGGUCUACAGAACUGAGACUGUUAUGAAUAAUCUCAACCCGGUUUGGAAAACCUUCAAAGUUUCUCUGAACUCGCUCUGCAGUGGAGACCAUGAGCGCAAACUACAGUGCACCGUGUGGGACUGGGACUCCAACGGGAAACACGACUACAUCGGAGAAUUCGAGGCCACGUUUAAGGAGAUGAGAGGAGCCAUCGAUGGACGACAGGUGCAAUGGCCGUGCAUUAAUCCGAAAUACAAAGUGAAGAAGAAGAACUACAAGAACUCUGGGAUUGUCAUCCUCAAUCAGUGCAAGAUCAUCAAGAUGCACUCGUUCUUGGAUUAUAUCAUGGGAGGCUGUCAGAUCCAGUUUACAGUGGCCAUUGACUUCACGGCGUCCAACGGAGACCCUCGCAACAGCUGCUCUCUGCACUACAUCCACCCAUUUCAGCCCAAUGAGUACCUGAAGGCUCUGGUGGCUGUGGGUGAGAUCUGCCAGGACUACGACAGUGAUAAAAUGUUCCCGGCAUUCGGCUUCGGAGCUCGAAUCCCUCCUGACUAUAAGGUCUCCCAUGACUUCGCUGUGAAUUUUAACGAGGACAACCCUGAGUGUGCAGGUAUCCAGGGUGUGGUGGAGGCCUACCAGGCCUGUCUGCCCAAACUGCAACUCUACGGCCCCACCAACAUCGCCCCCAUCAUCCAGAAGGUCGCCAACUCCGCCUCACAGGAGGUCCACACCAAAGAGGCCAUGCAAUACUUCAUCCUGCUGAUUCUGACAGACGGCGUCAUCACCGACAUGGCCGACACCAGGGAGGCCAUCGUCCAGGCGUCCCAUUUUCCCAUGUCCGUCAUCAUCGUCGGCAUCGGGAACGCAGACUUCAGCGACAUGCAGAUGUUGGACGGCGAUGACGGGAUCCUGCGCUCACCCAAAGGAGAGCCGGUCCUGAGGGACAUCGUCCAGUUCGUCCCAUUCCGCAACUUCAAACAUGCGUCUCCAGCUGCUCUGGCUAAGAGUGUGUUAGCAGAAGUGCCCAACCAGGUGGUUGACUACUACAACAGUAAGGGCAUCAAGCCCAAAGUGCCCAGCGAGUACCAGUCUUCCAGACCAUUCGGCCCCUGAGGGACCAGACGCCACCGCCAGCCUCGGACCGCACACCUCUUCCUCCUCCUGGACUCAACAUGUUUACUGUGUCUGUUGUGUGUUAGGGCGGACGGUAAAGGUGCCUCACGCAGCAUUUCAACACACACAUCCAGUUCAUUUCAAUGCGAUCAAAGCUGAUGCAGGUUUGAAAAUGUCAGAAAACAGGAGGAGGACAUUUGAUUUCCUGACAUCACUUCAUCUGAGAAGCACAAGCCUUGGUUUGGAUGAUUAGAGAACGUGUCACAUUUAGGAUUUCAUUUGAUGCUUGUUGCAACCUCUGGACGUGAAAUGAGAAGGUGCGGUAGCCUGGAUGUGUCAAAGUGAAAGGAAAUAUAAACCACAGCCUGUUCUCAGUCCUGAAUACAGAUGCAGUCGGCUUUUAGAUAAAACGUACAAACACGUCUAGAAUUAGACAUUUGAACUCAUGGCCUUCUCAUAGCAACUGCAAGUAAUGGUAUUAAUAAGUGAUUGUACUGAACUGAUUAAAAUCAAAGCUCAGAUCAGUAUUUAAAUGCAUUAUUCAUCAGGACAGAAUGUGGACAGACUGGUUUGAGGACCAGGUCAGGUUGAAGAAUCCUGACUUUUAUUACCUGUUCUGACUCAGUCAAAGCUUUGAAUAUUCGCAGGUUAUUUUAUCAUUCCUCGUAUAAAUAACUUAUAAUAAAAUAACUUCAAACAAAUCUUCCAACCUUAUAACAUUAAUAAUUAAGUGUAAAAGUUUAGCUCACGCCUCAUCAGUUUAUUGUGUUCUGAUAUUAAUUAUUAGACAUAGUGUUGAAUAUAAUUAUUUGUAUUAUGUGCAAACAGUUGCUUAUACCAACAUACAGUGCAAUUUUGAUGUUAAUUUACAAUUUUAGUUUUAAGUCUACAUGUGAAUAUACAAAGUACACAGCCUGGAAAGGAGUGUAACGCUAAUAUCAUCGGCUGCGCUGAAGAUUUCAGUUUUACAAAGAUCAGAUCAAACUUUUUGUGUGUCAGACUUUUCAGCAUCUUCAGACUCAGCUGAUAAAUGAUGCAACACAUUCCACACAAAUCAACAUAAAAACAGUAUUUCCUCAAACAGUAUCCAGAAGGAACCAGGCCUUUAUUUGUGUAAGGGCUGCAUUACAGUCUUCUGUUCAAGAAGUAGAAUCAUAUUUAUUACUAUGUUUUAUUUUAACCACAGUUUGAGCUUUUAAAAUGAGUCCAUUAUGCUUUUAUUAUAAACCCAACACUCCCUAAGGUUUCACAUUAAAAGGCCUACCGCGUGGCAGU